ACUCGGAUUUGUCCAGCGCCCUCAUUUUUGACGUCAUUGCGUGCUUCGAAGGUGUUGUUCAUAUAGAAAACUAUGGCUUUGUAUGGCGAUUUAAUAAGAAUAUCGAUUAUUUCUCUGCUUCUAAUUCUUUAAUUAACGCGAGUUUAGACCGAUUUAACAGAGAUAUUUUACAGACGGAGAUAUUUUACAUUACCGAGCUUCUGAUUGAGGUGAAUCAAGAGUUGCCAGCCAAUGCCAGGUCGCUGGUGUAG